GUUUGACGUAAAUAACGAUGUGCAUAGCCUUCAAGUUUUAUUUGGUACCAUUAAGAAUAAUUCUCUCUUCAAUAGUUUGGUGACUUGACCCAGAUAAAUUUACUCGUUAGUGGCAAAUCAGAUCCAUUAAGAGAGUUUUUGCUCUUGUUUCUGUCCAAUUGAUGGCAUCUUCUUCUUCUUCUUGUCAUGUUACUGACAUAAAACAUGAUGUCUUCAUCAGCUUUAGAGGCACAGAUGUUCGCAAAGGUCUUCUUAGCCAUUUGAAGAAAGAAUUACGGCGCAGGCAAAUUCAUACCUAUGUGGAUGAGAGACUUGAUAAAGGAGAUGAAAUAUCAUCCUCACUGCUCAGAGCAAUUGAAGGGUCACAAAUUUUAUUGGUCAUAUUCUCAAAAGACUAUGCUUCAUCAAAGUGGUGCUUGGAAGAGCUUGUCAAAAUGAUUGAAUGCAUGGAGAGAAAUGAACAGAUUGUAGUACCUGUUUUCUUCAACGUAAAUCCAUCACACCUGCGUUACCAAUGUGGAGAUUAUGGAGAUGCUUUAGCUAAACAUGAAGGAAAAUUUAAGGAGAACAUGAUCAAGAUCCAAAGUUGGAGAUCUGCUUUGGAAAAAGCUAGUAAUUUAAAAGGGUUUCAUUAUCCAGCAAACUUUGAGGACGAAUCUGAUCUUAUCGAUGAAAUUGUAAAAGAUAUUCGGCAAAAGUUGAACAAGUUCUACCCAUGUGAAUCAAAUGGCCUCGUUGGAAUUGAUAAAAAAGUUGAACAAAUUCAGUCAUUAUUGAUAUCAGGCUCAAGUGAAGUUCUUUUUCUUGGAAUCUGGGGCAUGGGUGGCAUAGGUAAGACAACAAUUGCUCAAGCAAUAUAUGAUAAAUAUUCUCGUCAUGAUGAAUAUGAUGGUUGUUGCUUUUUGAAUGUAAGAGAAGGAUUUGAGCAACAUGGAUUGAGCCUUUUAAGAGAAAAGCUUUUAUGUGAUCUAUUUGAGGGAGAAGGCCUUCGUACAAGUGGCAUAAGCAAAGCAAGAUUCUUCUCCUCUGCUGGGAGAAGGAUGGGUGGGAGAAAAGUCCUAGUUGUGCUUGAUGAUGUGACUACUUCGGAACAAAUAAAAUAUUUGGUUGGAGAACCAAUUUACUUUGGUCAAGGGAGUAGAGUGAUCAUAACAAGUAGAGAUCAGGAUGUCCUUACAAGUGGUGGAGUUCACCAAAUUUAUGAAGUUAAGGAAAUGUGCCCUAAAGAUUCCCUCAAACUCUUCAACUUACAUGCCUUCAAGGAAAGCCAACUCAAAAUGGGGUAUGAAAAGCUAUCUGAAGAGGUAGUUAAAAUUGCCCAAGGCAAUCCAUUAGCUUUAACAGUUUUAGGUUCUGAUUUUCAUUCUAGAAGUAUAGACACAUGGGAGUGUGCAUUGAGCAAAAUCAAGAAGUAUCCCAAUGAGAAAAUUCAGAGUGUGUUAAGAUUCAGCUAUGAUGGACUACAUGAAGUAGAGAAAAAGGCAUUUCUGGACAUUGCAUUCUUUUUCAAAGAUGAUGACAAAGACUAUGUCAUAAGGCAACUGGAUGCUUGGGGUUUUUAUGGAGUUUGUGGAAUAGAGGUUCUCCAACGAAAAGCUCUACUGACAAUUUUAAGUGACAAUAGAAUACAAAUGCAUGAGUUGAUAAGAAAAAUGGGUUGUGAAAUAGUUCGUCAAGAAUCCAUUGAAAGUCCAGGUAGACGCAGCCGAUUGAGGGAUAGUGAGGACAUACAUGAUAUAUUGAGAUAUAAUCUGGGAACUGAUAAGGUGGAGGCCAUGCAAAUAGAUGUUAAUCAAAUGACAGAUUUACGUUUGAAAGUAGACACUUUUAAAAGCAUGCCUCGUCUAAGAUUUCUCAAGAUUUAUCACCCAUUGCAUGCUGAACUUUCUAUGUCAAGUCGUGCACCUGUUUGGUCUCCAGAUAAACAUGUUGCAUUGCUCUUAUCAGGGUACGAAGAACUCAUGAGUGUUGCAAGCGAGAUUCACAUAAAAUUUCUCCACUACCUUCUUUUUGAUGGUUGCUCAGGUCCAAAGGAAAUUUCUGUAACAUCAAAGGAAAUAAGGCAACCAAACAUAACACGCCCUAGAAUGGAAAUAAUAAUGAACUCAUCCAUUGGGCACCUCAGCAGUCUUGAAUGCUCAGCAGUCGAUGUUCAACAAUUUAAGAAUCUUCCCAAUGAGUUACUUUGCUUGAGAUCUACAUAUUACCUUAAGCUUUCUAAUAGCAAUGGACAAAACACAAAGAAACUCAAGCUGCAUAUUCUUUUUGAUGGCUUAAGGUAUUAUCAACUCAUACCUUUCAGCAAGUUGUGUAACCCAGUUGCAGCACCUCUGAAUAUUAGUGCUCUUUCAUGGUGUCGUGAAUUUAUUGUGGGAGAAAAAGAAAGCUUGGCAGAUUUGCUGAAGGCUUUGCCUUUUGAGACUAAAUACACUACUAAUUUAUUUGUAUCUGAACAUUUUUAAUAUAUAGAGCUAUGCUAUACAAGAGGACUAGAGAUGGGAUCGAUCAGUUAUUUCAUCGUUUUCUAUUUUGGUGAGUAUUAAAUUUCAAUCACACCUGAAACACUUUAG